AUGGAUUCAAACAAUAGGUUGCGUUCAACUAAUUUCAAGAAUAAGGGCAAAGACGCGGAUGAGAUGCGCCGAAGACGUAAUGAAAUGAGUGUUGAGUUGAGAAAAAACAAAAGAGACGAGACUUUACUGAAGCGCCGAAACGUUCCCAUCGAUUGUGAGGCCUAUUCAGAGGCGGACACAACCAAUGACUUCAUUAGUCUGCAGUCAAUAGUGAUUUCGGCCGCCAGUGAUAACGUCGAGGAACAGUUGAAUGCCGUGAAGGCCGCCCGCAAACUGCUCUCAAGUGAUAAAAACCCGCCGAUCGACGAACUCAUUCGUUCGGGUAUUCUUCCGAUUCUCGUAAAAUGUCUUCAACAGCACACGUCCGCAGGGCUUCAGUUCGAGAGCGCGUGGGCUCUGACUAACAUCGCGUCGGGAACCGCUCAGCAGACGCGGGCGGUGGUGGAGGCCGGAGCCGUUCCCAUCUUCCUGGAGCUGUUGCAGUCGCCCAACGAGAACGUGUGCGAACAGGCCGUCUGGGCGUUGGGCAACAUCAUCGGCGACGGACCGCAACUCAGAGAUUACGUGAUUCAGUUGGGAGUGGUUGAGCCGCUUCUGGAGCUGAUUAAGCCGGACAUGUCGUUAUCAUUCUUGCGGAACGUGACGUGGGUUAUCGUCAACCUCUGCCGCAACAAAGACCCGCCGCCGCCCGUCGACACCAUUCAGCGCCUGAUGCCUGCGUUGGCGUAUCUCAUAAACCACACGGAUGUGGCCAUUCUGGUGGACACCGUGUGGGCCGUCUCGUACCUGACCGACGGCGGCAACGAUCAGAUCCAGUUAGUGAUCGACAGCGCGAUUGUCGCUAAUUUAGUUCCCCUAUUGAGUCAUCGAGAAGUGAAGGUACAAACGGCUGCCCUGAGAGCUGUCGGCAAUAUAGUGACCGGAACUGACGAACAGACACAAGUGGUCCUCAAUUGCAACGCUUUGUCUCACUUCCCGACCCUAUUAUCUCAUCCGAAAGAGAAGAUCAACAAAGAGGCCGUUUGGUUCCUGUCCAACAUCACGGCCGGCAACCAACAGCAGGUCCAGGCGGUGAUCGACGCCGGACUCAUUCCCCUCAUUGUUCAUCACUUAUCGAAGAGCGAGUUCUUGACGCAGAGGGAGGCCGCGUGGGCCGUCUCUAAUAUGACCAUCUCUGGCAACAAACAGCAGAUCGCGUUCCUCGUGGACCAGGGAGUGAUCGAACCCCUCUGUGCGCUGCUCACCGUCAAAGACGUGCAGGUCGUUCAGGUAGUGUUGGACGCCCUCAUGAAUGUGCUGAAGAUGUCGGGCUCGCAGUACUCGGCCAUCGCCACCGAAAUCGAGAAGUGCGGCGGUUUGGACCGAAUAGAACCGCUGCAACACCACGAGAACGAAGACAUCUAUAAGUUGGCGUAUGAGAUAAUCGACCAGUUCUUCUCCGAUGACAACGAGGAGGACCCGAUCGUCGCGCCGAAAGGCACGGACGGCACCUUCGAGUUCGAUCCCGACUCUAAGAUACCUGACUCUGGCUUUCAGUUUUAG